UGGGUGGGAUGAAAUGAAAGAUGAGGGGGAGAGAGAAUCGAAGGGAGACGUGAGAAGUUCGCCGGAGGCAUCGCAAGCCACACAAUAAAAUAGACGAAGGAGAAAAGAAGAAGAAGAAUCUCCGUCUUUAAUGGCUGCCGCCUCAGCUAGGGUUUUACUCGCAUCUCGUCUAGCAGACCUCUCACUGAAGCCUCAUCAACAUCCUCCUCACCUACCCUCUCCUUUUACCCACCACCUCCUCAUCCGUCCCUUACUUCCUUCUCUUUCCGCUUCCACCAGGCGGCGUACGUCCGUUAAUUGCCUUAUUUCCGGCGUAGACGGCGGCGGUGUUUCGGACGACUUUGUUUCCACCAGGAAAUCCGGUUUCGGCAGUGAAUUCUCUGUUAUUGCCAAUAUGCUCAAGCGAGUUGAACCGUUGGACACUUCUGUUAUAUCUAAAGGCGUUUCUGAUUCAGCUAAGGACUCAAUGAAGCAGACCAUUUCUACUAUGUUAGGCUUGCUCCCUUCAGAUCAAUUCUCAGUCACUGUUCGGUUUUCCAAACACGCUCUCGAUCGCCUCAUUGUUUCUUCUAUUAUUACCGGGUAUACUUUGUGGAAUGCGGAGUACAGGAUAUCCUUGAUGAGGAACUUUGAUAUCCCGUCAGAUAAUUUGAAAGGCUUCAACUCAACGGAAGAGGAUGUGAACUCAGGCUCAAAGAGCGAGGGGAUAGAGGGGGGAGAACGCGGAGUUGGUGUAAAUAUGUCUUCUGCGGUUUCAGAGAAAAUGGAUAUUCAAGCUCUUGGGAAUUUAUCUCCGGAAGCUCUGAAAUAUGUUCAACAAUUGGAAGAAGAACUCUCAUCAGUUAAGCAGGAACUGCAUUCCCAGCAACAGGAAAAUUUGCAAAUGGAGUAUAUCAACGAAAGUAACAAUGAUUUGCUGGAAUACCUCCGGUCAUUGGAAUCUGACAUGGUGACUGAACUAUCUAGACCAUCAUCCUUUGAGGUGGAGGAAAUUAUUAAGGAACUUACUCAAAACAUAUUGCAAAUAUUUUUCAAAGAGGACGAUGUUAACAAAGAAGAAGAUCCUAAUUUUAGUGGUGCCAAAGACUAUCAGAAUAGCGAUUCCGAAUUAUGCGAUGCAAUAGGCACUUCUCGGGAUUACUUGGCAAAACUACUUUUCUGGUGUAUGUUAUUGGGCCAUCAUUUGAGAGGAUUGGAGAACAGAUUGCAUCUAAGUUGUGUCGUCGGCUUGUUAUGAGUUUGCGAAGUACAAAGAGGGAUGUACAUUCUGCUUCUCUUUUACUUCCUUCUCUUAUUCUCUUUCUAGCUCAAUUAUUUCCUGUUAUUUAUAUAAAAAUAAUCCACAUAUCCUGUAAAAUUUUGUUCUUGCUAGUCACGAGUAAUUGUAUGGGAGGGUGUACUGUUGAAAAUGAUAAAUCCAUUUCUCAGAUCCUCUUUUCCUUGA